AUGCGCGGAGAAACCGGACUCGGUGAAUCUAAUGAGGCGAUUGUGUUCGUUCGUGUGUAUCCGGAGAUGUUCAUUAGAGCACACAGUACACCAGACGGACAAGUGGUAGUCAAGCACAAGAACAGGUACUCGAACGGUACUCGUACCAUACCAUGCGACUUGACGAACUAUGGCAAGUUGGUUGAUCCCCUGUUGGCCUCAAAGGUGAUCUACACUUGCACCUUGUGUACACUUUUUGCUUCUUACUAUGUGGUAGCUACAGUAUGUUGA